ACCACCCAAAAAAUGCAGAGCGACUUGAGUGACAAAGCAAGUCGAAGAUCAGAAGCUUACAGAGCGGCCUCUGGAGGGAGGUCUCUGAAAAUUUUAGCCGAUUUUUGGAGAGAAGAAGGUGUCACCCCGAUGGAUAAUCGGGGUGACACCAUCCUUCACUUUCUCGCAAUCCACGGUAACUUGGCGGGUUUCGAAAUUCUUGAUCCUAAUUUGAGUAUUAAAGAUUUGGAAUUUAGGAACAAUAGUGGUGAUACACCAUUGCAUGAAGCUGCAAAAUUUGGUAAAAAAGAAGUGGUGGAGAUGAUUUUGAAGAAGGAUAACGACUUAGUUUUUGCGCGCAACAACUUAGGUGAGACACCACUUUACGUAGCGGCUUCAAGUGGAGAGAAAGAUGUAUUUAAUCUUCUGGCAAAUUGUGAUUUUAGUGAGGUAACUAUGAAGAGGAAUGACGGUAAAACUGUCCUUCAUGCAACAGUAGCCCAUGACUGUUAUGAUCUAGCAAUACAUAUAGUGAAUCUAUAUCCUGAAAUUGUAAACGAACGUGAUGAUGAGAAAAUGAGUGCUUUGAAUGUGUUGGCUACAAAGAAAUUAUCAUUCAAGAGUGGAUCUGAUUAUUUGUUUGAAGAAAUUGGGAAAACACCUGCUGUUCCUAUUCAGAUGAUUGAAACCAUCAUCUAUUCUUGUAUUCCCCCUUUGUAUACACAAGCAAGUACCAAACCUAGCAGAAGGUUUUUUUUCACCAAAUUUCUGUUAGGUAAUUUCUGGUUACAAGUUAUUGAUGAAGCAAAGCAAAACCAUAUUCUUGCUCUAAUAUUAGCAAAAAUGUUGCUGGAAAAUUAUGAUUGGAGUUAUAGUACUGAUAACAUUGUGCCAAAUCCACUAAUACAAGCAUCAAAGCUUAAAAUCAAUGAGUUAGUUGUUGAAAUAUUGGAAAUAUACCCUGAAGCUGUGGAGACAUUGGAUGAACAAAAGAGGAACCUAUUGCAUAUAGCAGUGGAACAUAAGAAUAGAUUUUUGUUUGAUUAUUUGCUCAAGAAAGUGUCUCAUAAAGAAAGGAUGUUGGCUGAUAUUGAUGAAGAAGGGAAUACAAUUUUGCAUUAUGCAGCAAAUGUUGGAUCACCAUUUAGGACAUCUUCAGAUCAUUUUGAGGAAGUGUGGUGUGUGUUGUCUGUGUUCAUGAUGAUGUGGGGGAUUCUUUGGUUUAAGCGCGUAAAAUACCAAGUACAUCCACGUCUAUGGUAUGUUAAAAACUCCAAUGGCUUAACAGCAGAAGAUCUAUUCGAGAGAAACCAUUUACACGUACGAAAAGAAGCAGAGGACGCCAUUAGAAACCUCGCGAAUUCAACACUAAUACUUGCUACUCUCCUCUGCACAGUCAAUUUCGCCGCCAUUUUUACAGUCCCUGGAGGAUUUGAUCAGGAAACUGGCCUACCAAUUUUCCUUCAAAGACUCAAAAAUGAAUUCUGGAUGUUGAUAUUUUACUUAGGUGCAGCACUUUUAAGUUCACUAGUCACAAUGGGUACAUUGUUAUCAUUUAUUCUUUGCAAAUUUCAUAGUGAUGAUUUUUAUAUUUCUUUGCCUACAAAGGUCGUAAUUGCUAUGGUUUCAGUAUUUUAUGCCACAACAUUUUCAGUUUUGGCAUGUGUUCAAACACUUAAUCUUGAUAAUAUUUUUUGGAACAAAGAUGUAUGGUGGCUAAUUAUAGUCAUGAUAGUUGUUGGAUUUAUUAUGACCCUUAUUUAUAUAGAUUUAGCAUUCCCAAUUUUUGAUUAUUUGUAUUAUUUUGUUUUUUAUUCACUUAUAUACAAUAAGAAAGGGAAUUAUGUAAAUUAA